GUAGUCAAAAGAUGUCAAAUUAAAAAAAGUAACUGUUUUGAAAAUAAGUAGUACAAAAUUUCUAAUCAUGUCCAAACCCAAAAUUACCAUCUACUUCUUCACAAACGGUCAACCCUUCAAACCACCGCACAAAGUUGUAAUUGAUCGUAGGAAAUUGGAGGAAAAUCAAGUCGUGGAACGCGUACACCGGCUCCAUUACUACAACGGUUAUGUCGUUUACACCAUGUUCGGAGAGCUUCUACGCUCAAUCCAGGAAAUUCAUGAUGAGUCAGCGUUCGUUGCAGUGCCUCGUGAUCAGUGCUUUCAGCCAGGACCCUAUGUGAAAGUAUUUCGGCAGUACAUAAACGAAAAAUUGCCAGUUCAAAAAGAGAAGACGAAGCCGGACAAGAAGAAAAAAGCAACUACCAAGCCGUUGGGAACAAGUUACGGGUGCAAAACGACGGUGCCACGGGCCGCCAAAGAGGUUCGAUUCUGUCCGGGUUGUCGACACGUCGCUGUUGACACCCGGUGCAAAGACUUUGGACCCCAGUCGGGUAGAGGCAAGCAAGACACGUGUAAAUGCCGGAACGUUGACCCUCACGGAGAGUGCGUUCCGUUACCUGUACAGCCGAAGCGUAAGGCAAGGCGCAAGAAAAGUGGAGGAUGGAGCACAUGUUUCAAGAAGAAGGAACAAAAGAAAGAACCGGUUAUUCGUAUGAGAAAGCGGGAUAUGGAGCAACUUGAACAGGCAAAAGCCAGAAGGCAACGAAAAGCUAAGAAACGAUCAAGCGCUGCUUGUUGCGCUAAAAAGCCAUCGAAAGACGAACAGUACAAGAAAAUGCGUGACAAAAUGGUUAGAGAGCUGAAAAACCGGAUCGAAAAGGAAGAAAGACGCAAGAUGAAGGAACAACAAGCAAUUCGGAGUCGUAUGAAAAGUCGCAGAAGAAGACAGAAGUUCGUAGCUAGCUGUUGCCCUUGUUUUGUAAAGAAACCUGUGCCCAUUUGGAGGCAACCAGCUCCGCACAAUUGUUUAGAAGAUCUGAAAAGGGCUCGCGAUCAAGCCAUCCGUCGUCGAACAGCUUUAAAUAUUCCAGAGCAGACUUCAUGGGAGAGCAUAAAUUUUCCACCAAAAUUUCGGAAAAAGAUUACCAGUACUCAAACCACUAAGGAAGACCUUAAAAUGGCACGUAAAGCCAACAGCAAAGGCAGCUGGUGUUUUGGAGGUGGUAGAAAAAGGAAAGUUGAAGAAGAGGUAGAUUUUUGUGGUUGACCGGGAGAUGGAAUUUGAAUAAUAAAGAAAUCGUUUAGAGCAUAUAUAAAAAUGGUUAGUACGUAAAUAACAAUGAACGUGUUUGAAUUUCUAAAUCUUCGUCGAACAUUCAGUUGGGAAAAAUUAAUAGUGACAGCCGUGUGUGACAACCUAGUAUCAGGGCCGCCGAGAGUAAAUUUGGUCCCGGGGGGACUGCAAUAU